CCAACAUCAGAACAGUAUAUGAAUAUGGCAAAUGCUGUUUUGACAUCAUUUCCUGCCAUCCUGAGAAACAGUGAUCUCGAGGAGCAUGAAUUGCAGCUGCAAUGGAAAUUGCGCAUCCAGCGCAAGUUUCAGAAUUCAAGAAAGAGGCAGGAUUCCAAAGUGACUGAGGUGACGUCAAGGAAAAAGAAGAUCCCUUGCAUAGCGCCAAAAGAGACUACGUGUCUACUGAUGUAUGGAGUAAAGGCUUACCUUCCACCAAGGCCCCAUUCAGAAGAUGAUGAGUCAUUAGAGAGACAUAGGCAGUGGCUUGCUCUACAUUGGAUGAAGAAAGAUCCCGAGUUAGAUAAGAUAAUCAAGGAGUUCCUGAGAUUAGAACCACAAGCGGAUGAACCAGACCCAAGAGUAGCAGUUUUGAAAGGGCUGGAGAAAUAUAGGCUCCCAAUAAUUGCCAUUCUCAAAAAAAGAAAAGCAGUUCCUCUGUAUAUGGAAACCUUACUUGAACUCUAUGGCCACGAUGAAAGUCAAUGCGAGUAAUGUUUAGUUCAAUUUGUUCAUUUCAGUAGCUGGUAGCAAUUUAAUAUAUGUAUCUUUUCAUUAUUAGCAAUGCAUCUUUCACUUUUAUAAGCCUAGUAUUCAUGAAACUAUGCUGCAUGCAAAAACCAAACAUUGUAUUAAGCAUGACCUAUCUAACUGUAAUGCUUGCACCAAUUUCUAUAAAGGUACUAAUUUAAUUGUUAAAUUCCUGCUCUUCUAUCAAUUUUUUUGGCUGAGUGCUACGGCUAAAUAAUUGUUUGCAGCAUAAGUGAUGUUAAAGAUUUUAAUAGGUGUAAAGCAUCUCUCUCUCUCUCUCUCUCUCUCUCUCUCUCUCUCUCUCUCUCUCUCUCUCUCUCUCUCUC